UCUGUGAUAUAUUGAACCUUUGAAGAGUGUUCUCUGUCUGUGUCUGUCUCUGCUCUCACUGCAGAUUAUGGAGAGAUUGGUUGAUUGAUUAUCAGAGAGUAACUUUACCAACGCUACCUCUGCUAGCUUCUCUCUGGGGUGAGGAGACAGAGAACACAGGGAGAGGAGAGGACAGGCGAGAAAGAGAAGAGUGGAGUGAAAAAGCAGGGAAGAGUAUCAAAAGAAGAGGUGAGGACUGACUGAGGAGAGUGGGAGGACCAAGCCUCUGAGUGGACUGAUACAGGAAGAGCGGUAGAGAGGGAGGGUGUUGACCCCCUGUUGCCCCGCUGUUGGGAUAGUUACAAUGGCAUCGCCUCCAUUGAUGUACCACGGGGCAAUCAGUAAACUGGACUGUGAGGAUCUGCUGGGGAAGAAGGGAAAGGAUGGAGCCUACCUCAUCAGAGACAGCGAAACAAUCCAAGGAGCCAUGUGUCUGUGUGUCUAUAAAAAGAAGGUGGUGUAUACCUACAGAAUCCUCCAGACCCACACUGGAAGCUACACCCUGCAGACAGCAUCUGGUGUAGAGGAGAAAUUUUUUAAGACGUUAGAGGAGCUGGUCCGCCAUUAUAAGCGUCGGAGGCAGGGAUUGGCUCAGCAUCUGCGCCACUCAGUCAAGCGGAAGACACUGCUACAACUUCCCGCCCCCAAUGUCAUUGACGAGGUGCCUGAUUAUGAAAAUGUGGAUGCAUCAGACUACGUUGUUGUCCUGCCCUCUUGAUUCAGCAGCACACCCCUGACCUACAUCAUCUAUGAGCCUGUAAAUAUCUAGGUGUGGUGCCUGCAGACAGGUUUUUAUUUUAUUUUUUUAAUCCUAAUGCCAGGGGCAUGGAUGGAGGGUUUUGCUCUAAAUGCCAGAUGAGCUGGUCAAAUGUUAGCCCAUAGGGCCUGUCUAAUUCAUUUUUUUUAAACUAAAUUAUCAUUAUCUGGCUAAUACUGUAAUUGGGGCCUCUAAGGAAAAAAAUGGGCUGGUGUGUUAGAAAUGCCAGGGCUGAUUUUUGGUCUCAGUCCGCCUCUUCCUUAUGCAAUGUGUUGUGUGCUGUUCUGUGUGCUAGGGAUACUGAGAUUGUCAGAGAGAAUAGUGUUUGUCUGGUUGUUGAAGUGGAAGUUAAAAUCAAAUUUUAUUUGUCACAUACAACGUGUGUAGACUUACUGUGAAAUGCUUGCUUACGAGCCCUUCCCUACUAUGCUGAGUCAAAAUAUAUAUACAGUGCCUUGCGAAAGUAUUCGGCCACCUUGAACUUUGCGACCUUAUGCCACAUUUCAGGCUUCAAACAUAAAGAUAUAAAACUGUAUUUUUUUGUGAAGAUUCAACAACAAGUGGGACACAAUCAUGAAGUGGACCGACAUUUAUUGGAUAUUUCAAACUUUUUUAACAAAUCAAAAACGGAAAAAUUGGCCGUGCAAAAUUAUUCAGCCCCUUUACUUUCAGUGCAGCAAACUCUCUCCGGAAGUUCAGUGAGGAUCUCUGAAUGAUCCAAUGUUGACCUAAAUGACUAAUGAUGAUAAAUACAUUCCACCUGUGUGUAAUCAAGUCUCCGUAUAAAUGCACCUGCACUGUGAUAGUCUCAGAGGUCCGUUAAAAGCGCAGAGAGCAUCAUGAAGAACAAGGAACACACCAGGCAGGUCCGAGAUACUGUUGUGAAGAAGCUUAAAGCCGGAUUUGGAUACAAAAAGAUUUCCCAAGCUUUAAACAUCCCAAGGAGCACUGUGCAAGCGAUAAUAUUGAAAUGGAAGGAGUAUCAGACCACUGCAAAUCUACCAAGACCUGGCCGUCCCUCUAAACUUUCAGCUCAUACAAGGAGAAGAUUGAUCAGAGAUGCAGCCAAGAGGCCCAUGAUCACUCUGGAUGAACUGCAGAGAUCUACAGCUGAGGUGGGAGACUCUGUCCAUAGGACAACAAUCAGUCGUAUAUUGCACAAAUCUGGCCUUUAUGGAAGAGUGGCAAGAAGAAAGCCAUUUCUUAAAGAUAUCCAUAAAAAGUGUUGUUUAAAGUUUGCCACAAGCCACCUGGGAGACACACCAAACAUGUGGAAGAAGGUGCUCUGGUCAGAUGAAACCAAAAUUGAACUUUUUGGCAACAAUGCAAAACGUUAUGUUUGGUGUAAAAGCAACACAGCCCAUCACCCUGAACACACCAUCCCCACUGUCAAACAUCAUGGUUUGGGCCUGCUUUUCUUCAGCAGGGACAGGGAAGAUGGUUAAAAUUGAUGGGAAGAUGGAUGUAGCCAAAUACAGGACCAUUCUGGAUGAAAACCUGAUGGAGUCUGCAAAAGACCUGAGACUGGGACGGAGAUUUGUCUUCCAACAAGACAAUGAUCCCAAACAUAAAGCAAAAUCUACAAUGGAAUGGUUCAAAAAUAAACAUAUCCAGGUGUUAGAAUGGCCAAGUCAAAGUCCAGACCUGAAUCCAAUCGAGAAUCUGUGGAAAGAACUGAAAACUGCUGUUCACAAAUGCUCUCCAUCCAACCUCACUGAGCUCGAGCUGUUUUGCAAGGAGGAAUGGGAAAAAAUGUCAAUCUCUCGAUGUGCAAAACUGAUAGACAUAUACCCUAAGCGACUUACAGCUGUAAUCGCAACAAAAGGUGGCGCUACAAAGUAUUAACUUAAGGGGGCUGAAUAAUUUUGCACGCCCAAUUCUUCAGUUUUUGAUUUGUUAAAAAAGUUUGAAAUAUCCAAUAAAUGUCAUUGCACUU